GUAGCAAGAAGUCUGUGGACGAAGUGGUCUUGACGUUCGUUUCAGGUCCAAUAAUUUUUAUCAAUACUUCAACGUAGCGAGUGACCGACAGCGAAGGACGAAACAGCUGUGAAUGUUCUAUUUGCAGUCAGUAGAAAGCAGGUGUAGAGCAAGUAGGAGCGCUAGUAUUUUCACACGGUUACGUAACAGGUGAGAAAUUAUAUACGUCACAUCAUGAGAAUUGUGGUAUCGUGUUGUCAGUUUGAAACCUGAACGUAACAGAAACAUCGUGUCCCUCUUGAUACAAGCAUGUCUAUGAAGAAGGAGUCCCCGUCGGAUGUUCAGGUCCACCUGGCGGCGCUGCAGGGCGAUGUGGGUCUGUUGCGUCGCGUCCUGGACAGCGGCAAGGUCCACGUGGACAGUAAGGACAAGGAUGGCACCACGCCGCUCAUCCUUGCAGCUGCCAGUGGCCAUGUGGACUGCGUCAAGGAGCUGCUGGAGCAGGGGGCCGACUCCAGGGCCAGGAGGGUGACAGGCACGACGGCCCUGUUCUUUGCUGCCCAGGGCGGAUUCCUGGACAUUGCUCAAAUAUUGCUGGACAGAGGUGCUCCCGUCAAUUCAGCAAGUGUGGACGGUGGUACACCACUGUUCGUGGCCUGCCAGUGCGGUCACAUGGAUGUGGUCAAGGAGCUUGUAGCUCGGGGAGCCAAAGUCAACAGUCACAUGAAGGACCGUGCCACACCACUAUUCAUUGCAGCUCAAAAUGGCCACUUCAAGAUACUUUUGUUCCUGCUGGCACAAGGAGCCAUUCCUGACUCGAGACGCACAGAUGGAGCCACUCCGCUGUGGAUUGCAGCACAGAUGGGACAUGAUCACGUGGUGAAGCAGCUGCUCAAGGCCGGUGCCAAUGUUGACGCUACUCGCCAUGAUGGAGCCACGCCACUGUUCAAAGCCUCCCACAAAGGACAUUGCAGUGUCAUAGAAGAGUUACUGAAGUACAAGCCAUCACUGGGACUCCUUCCUAAUGGGGAAAGUGCCCUGCAUGCAGCAGCCCUGUUUGGCCAUGUUUCAGUCGUGAAACAGCUGAUAUCAGCUGGAGCAGACAUGACACUAAGAAACCAGGAGGGGGCCACACCUUUGCAACUUGCCCAAGACGCCAAACAGACUGCAGUUGUCGAGUACUUGUGUAGCAUGCCGGUUGAUCGGGUUAAUGGGACGGCACAUAAACCAGUGUGAUCAGACCUGAGUUUGUGCUGAAGGUGGUGGGAAUUCUCAACUUGUCAGAGAUGCCAGUAUGACAUCAGUCACAGAUAAAACCCAGCUGACAGCAUUGUUGUACACUCAGUGAUGAUUGAUGAUGAUGUACUUCAUAUGGGAAGAAAGAAUGUAAAACUUGCAAAGAGUAGCACAUACAUCAGGGCACCAGUUGACUGCUACAGCAUGAGAAGUAACUUCUGUUGGGUCUGAGGUUCUCACAGUGCUAUGAAGAGUGUGGGUUUCCAGGUUGUAAUACAAGUACUAUGUGGUUCGGAAAGAACGUGGCGUUUAGCAGAACAUAUUUCCUCCAUCUUCAGGGUCAAAGAGAAGCCUGCUGAUUCUGCUGGUAACUUGCGUGGCUUCUCUUUGACCUUGAAAAUGGAAGUGAUAUAUUCCUCUGAAACGGUGGGCUGUCUUCAAACCGCAUGGUGUUACAAACCAUAAGACUGGAUGGACUCUUCAGAAGUAAAUUUUGCUUUCCAAGUGAUGUGAUGGGUAAAUACUGCUUUUAUAUAUAUAUAUAUAUAUAUAUAUAAUUCAUAUUAUACCAGUAUUGUGUACAACACUGAACACUGUGUGGUCAAGCACAUAGAACUGCAGCCUCCCUGAGGUUUCUCAUGCUUUUCCUCACUUCCUUCACUGUCCCUUCCAAUUCAUUAUUCACCAGUCAUCCUACCAUUCAAUGCUACUGACAGCAGCGUCAAAUAAAUCAGAAACAAACAAAAUAAGACACAUACAUUUCAGGAGUUGGUACCGCUGUCAUCUUCAGGCACUUGGUUGUCAUCGUACUAACAUUUCUGUUUCAAGUCUUGUAUUUUAUGACUAUGGGGUACAUGGUAGCGCAGUUUGUUGAGGAACUAUGGUACAAGCCGGAAGGUCGCGGGUUCGAUUCCUGAUGAGGUCAUUGGAUUUUUCAAUUGACAUCAUCCUU